GACAUUGUCUAAAUCUUCUCUUCUUUGGCGGCUCCGUAGCGAUUGCGCGAACUAUCUCAAAAAUGAUCGACUUUACUCCGCAUUUCGUGUGAACAAACUUUUGGAAAAUUCCGUUCGCUCGGAGAUCGAGAUCAAAGAGAGAGAGAGAAAGAAAGAGAGAGAGACAGACUGACAGACAAAAAAAAGGAAGAGAGACUGACCACACGCGUAACAGGCGGGGGUCAAAUAACUGUUUCGCGAAAGGUGCGAAAUGGAACGUCAUCACCGUGUAUCACGAAUACGUGCACGUAUGAAUGUGCGAAAAGUACAUAAAUGUUCAUGAAGCAAUUGGUGAGAAUCGCAGUCUGCUGCGGCACGAAAUGUGGUUCGCAUCGAUCUUUUUCGCGUUUUUCAACUUGUUCUUUCUGGCAAAUUCGUCGACAUGUCCGGAAUCGAAGAAACCGCAUCUCACGAGCUGCACGAUUUUCUACAGCUGCGUAAAUUUACCGGGCGGCGGCUAUGUGUGGGUGCCAUCGAGAUGUAACAAAGGCUUGGUGUUCCAACCGUACUUGCGAAUGUGCGUGGUUCCUGGCGAUAUCUGGACGUGCGACACACUCGCAACCGAGGAGAACGUGAUGAAAUAUGACGCAAAUGAAUAUUCGGGAUAUACGGAGAAUUCGGGACUCUCCGAAACAAUCGACUCAUCCUACGUGAUCGACGAUUUCUCGGAUCCGACGACCGAGGCGGUUACCGCGAUUCCUUUGAUCGAGUUCGAGGAAUCGGAAGGAACAACGCGCGGUGACGAAAACGUGAGGAAUGUGUCGUAUCACAAGGAAGAAAAUUAUUUAUACAACUACAUGAACAGUCAAGAACAAAUGGCGCUGUCACUUAUGCAAAAGUAUAAAAAUAUCAUAGACAUUCAUCAGAAAUGGCUGAACGAGUUGAUGAAUCGUCUGCACGUCUACAAGGAAAUGUCAACUGCGAUCUCGUCUUCUCUGACGUUUCCCGUGAAAAAUAUUACGAUUAUAAAUCCGACUCAAACCGUGACCAUAUUUGCGUCUCACAACCAGAAGCAGAAUCUGUCGCUGAAUUAUCCCGCACAGAGCAUCGAUGAUAAUAAUAAGUCGCAAGGCGACAAACCAAUCGAGACGGAAGACAACAACAAACUCGAAACAGACAAUAUCGCGACAACAACCAGCUCCGUUUCGACAGAGAACACGUUGAAACUGUUGAUCGACAGUCUGGACGUUGACAACAACAUCAUAAGAAUAGACGACGAUAUCGGAACUAGAAAGUAUCUCACGAUCGAGGAUUACAAGACAAUAUCGCACCGAUUGAAGCCACGACACAUCAGCGUCGUGAUGUGCACGAUGAACUUGCGUAUGGCAAACAAGACGAAUUGCAACAAGUAUUACACGUGCGAUCCGAAAACAGCUUCCCUGUCAGAAUACUUUUGUCCGCCGCAUACGGCCUUCAACGCGAACUUGCGAAUUUGCGACAUUGAAAGCGUGAAAACGUGCGGAAUCAACAAAUACCCAACCACGAACGAGAUAAUUGAGCGUGAAAUCACAACGAAGAAAAUGCAAACACAAGAAUCAUCAGAAAGAAAAACGUGCAAAGAAAUCGGCAAGAUAAAAGAUCCCUCCUCAGACUCUCACUACUACAUCUGUUACAACGCGCCGGGAUCAGAUGAAAUCAAGUCAAUUCGAAUGACGUGUCCGAACACUUUGAUAUUCUGUCAGAAUAAAAAAGUGUGCACCACCAAACGACUGUGCGACUCAUCGCGGUAAAGAGCGAAUUACAAAACACGGUUUUCGAGUUUGUAUUUCUUAU